AUAAUAUCGGGAAAGUUAUUUUGAAUAAUACUUCAGCUGACUCAUCGCAAAAUCAACAUGAAGGUGUUCUCUUGUUUUGUUAUUUUGGUGUCGCUAUUAUGUCUAGCUUCUACUUGUUGCCUAAAAUCCAAAUAUUGGGAUAUCAAAACAAGUAAAAUGGACGAGAUGCUGGAGAAGAUGGAAUACAUGAUGGAGAAAAAGUUGGAGAUGAAGUGCAAACUAGAUGCGUACAAGAAUAUGAAACAAGCUAUGAGUUUUGCAGGCAAGCUGCCUUGUAACUGUGAAUACGUUUUUGGACAUCCUAUAGAACAGUGCAAACCAAAAUCUUGCAAUGCAGCACCUUGUGUCAUGCAUCCCCCACAAUUUGGAGGUUUUUACUUUUGAUGUGUUAUAAUUUGUUGUUAUUUAUUUAUUUUUUAUUACAUAUGAUGAAAAAUAAAGAUUUCAAUAAGUGUA